CGACGACGUAAAUUUUGUGAGGGGAAGAAAAAGAGAGAAGGAGCGCAACGGAAUGGGAAUGAAGUGACGGGCGCGAGAGUCACCGCCCCUCGACGCUCCUCGUUCUUUCUUUCGUUUUUUUCAACGCCCCCCUCCCCUCUUUUUUACCCGCGCCCCCAACGUUAACGGGUCCCCCCUCCUUUUCGCACAUGCGCUCUAGCCGGCCCUUCUCUCCCAACCGGCCCACAGCGAGAGAGAGAGAGAGAGAAAACCGACGGGAUAGGCAGUGCGCCGGCCAUCGGGCGAGACUCCACAGUUUGGCGGCGGCGAGGAGGAGGGGGGGACGGAGUGGGGGGAGACAGACAGGCUCGCGACGGAGCGCGCGCCCGCUCGUGAGCCUCAGGCGUCGCUGCCGCGGUUGCUUGUGCGUGAAAAGGGAUCGAGGCGGCGCCCGUGUGGAACCGUUUGGGCUGCGUCCAGGCGACGGCCGUAAGCGGCGUCGUGGAGGAAAACUGAGGCGUAGCGCUGUGGCGCGGGGAGCCGAAACGAGGUCUUGGGGGUCGAAGAAGAGAGAAGAGGAACCGGAGUGUUUUGAGGGGGAGAGAGGGCUCACGGUGUUCCGUGUUUGUUUUUAAACCCCACCCCACCCGAAAGUAGCCUUUUUCGGAUACUGUAUAUUUCUGAGGGCCGCCUUUUUGCCUCUGUGUGGACCCUCUGACUCAUUCAACCCGUGGACGGCGCCUCCCUCCUUGCGGCGGAGUGGGUGACUCUUCGAUCUAUCGCUGGGUUGUUGUUGUUGUUUUUUCUCUCUCUCUUUAAGGACGUUUUAGACCCUGAAAGGGCGACAUUGGUCUUUCCUUUAUUAUCGUCAUUAUUUUAAAUUCUUCAACUCCCAGACCGACAAGAUGGGCUGCACGCUCAGCGCCGAGGACAAGGCGGCGGUGGAGCGGAGCAAAAUGAUCGACAGGAACUUGAGGGAGGAUGGCGAGAAAGCGGCUCGAGAAGUCAAGCUGCUCCUCCUCGGAGCUGGUGAAUCAGGAAAAAGCACAAUUGUCAAACAAAUGAAGAUUAUCCAUGAAGCUGGUUAUUCAGAAGAAGAAUGUAAACAAUAUAAAGCAGUUGUCUAUAGUAAUACAAUUCAGUCUAUUAUUGCUAUCAUUAGAGCAAUGGGGAGAUUGAAGAUAGACUUUGGGGAUUCCACAAGGGCUGAUGAUGCACGCCAACUUUUUGUUUUAGCUGGAGCAGCAGAGGAAGGCUUCAUGACAGCAGAACUUGCUGGAGUUAUCAAGCGAUUGUGGAAAGACAGUGGAGUUCAAGUUUGUUUCAACAGAUCAAGAGAGUAUCAGCUUAAUGACUCAGCAGCAUAUUACUUGAAUGAUUUGGACAGGAUAGCCCACCCUCAUUAUAUUCCAACACAGCAGGAUGUCCUCAGAACUAGAGUGAAAACUACAGGAAUAGUGGAAACACAUUUUACUUUCAAAGAUCUCCAUUUUAAGAUGUUUGAUGUUGGAGGCCAGCGUUCAGAAAGGAAAAAAUGGAUUCAUUGCUUUGAAGGUGUUACAGCCAUAAUUUUUUGUGUGGCACUUAGUGAUUAUGAUUUGGUCCUUGCUGAAGAUGAGGAAAUGAACAGAAUGCAUGAAAGCAUGAAAUUAUUUGACAGCAUCUGCAAUAAUAAAUGGUUUACAGAUACUUCUAUUAUCCUCUUCUUAAAUAAGAAGGAUCUCUUUGAAGAAAAAAUCAAAAGGAGUCCUCUUACUAUUUGUUAUCCAGAGUAUCCAGGGUCAAAUACAUAUGAAGAGGCAGCUGCAUAUAUUCAGUGUCAAUUUGAAGACCUGAACAAGCGAAAAGACACAAAGGAAAUUUAUACUCAUUUCACAUGUGCCACAGAUACUAAGAAUGUACAAUUUGUCUUUGAUGCUGUAACUGAUGUUAUCAUAAAAAAUAAUCUGAAAGACUGUGGUUUAUUCUAAAUACUUAUAUCAAAUUGUAGGUUUUUAAAAAAAUAACCAAAUGAGUUCACCACUUUUUUUUAAACACCAUUGAUACUUUUUGAGUUUGUUCUUAUUUAUGUUAUUUGAUUUAUCUUGUCCUGGAUUAGAUUGUAGAGCCAUUUCACAGAACUCAGAUCACCUUAUAUGGUAUAUGGUAACAGAAGCAAAAUAAUGGCCAGAUCAAUAUAAUACUUGGUCCUUUGAACAGUUUUAUUUAUGUUUAUUAUAUAUGUUUAAAUACCAUGAGCCAGCAGUUAAAAUAUUUUGACUGUGUUUGCUUUUGAGUGUAUGUGUUUUGUUAAUAGAAACUUUGAACAAAAUGUUUUAAUAAUAUGAAUUUGUAGAGUUCCAUGGUUAAAGAAUUAUUGUUUCUGUAAGACAACUUUGGUUUUUUAUCUUUCUGAUUUUCCAUUAUUUAAAUAGAUUCUUUAAAUAUAAAUUUCUGUAUGAAUGUUUUUUGUUACAUUUUGUUUAUAUAUCUGUAAUUUGUAGGGAAGAGUUUUUAUUGCAUAAAGGAUUAUUUACGCUUGCUCAGGAUUAAAUGGGAAUGUCUCUAAAUUUUCUGAGUUUGUGUUCCUCAAACUUUUAGAAAUCCCUUUCUGAUAUUUUAAGGAACGUCAAAUGUUAUAUUUUUCUUUGCCAGGCAUUUAACAGAACCUGGAAUCCGUCUAUGCUGUAAUCCAGCAUUGUGGAAGCAAGAUGCUCAUGUACAUGGGGAAAAGGUAUUCCCUGUACAUUUGUAUUAGAAAGUGUAACAUUGGGAACCUAAUGCUUUUCUGUCUGGAUUAUUUUGCAGCUGGUUGAUAUUUAUUUGGAGUGCCUUUUUGUUAGCUUGUAAGUAUCUCUGAUGUAAAUUACUAAAAGAAAAUAUCCUAGAAUUAAAGUGAGGAAGGAGUUUUAGAUUUCCUGCAGUUUUACCACGUUUGGCUUUCUUUGCUUUUUCUCAGGAGAUUGGCCAUUACUUUUACCUGUAUUCCAUUAAGUAGUUAUGUUGUCUUACAAAGUAUUUUUACUCAGAUUGGUAGGAACAGUGUUUAUUAUAAUCAAAAGACAGAGACAGUCUUGGGAAUGGAUUUGUGUCAGAGUAACUUAAUACAGUACAGCUGUUGGAAUCUAGAAAACCCCAUCCAUAUAUGCAACAACAUUCCAUUCUCAAAUGGGAGAGAAUAUAUGGCAGAUAUUCUAUUGGCACUGGUCUGGAGAGCCCCUGACCUUCAGAGUUAGUUUUGAGCAACGUAUGUGCUGUUGCAAGUGUAAAUCUAGAAUAUGUAGAACAGCAGACAUAGAAGGGGCAUUUCUCAUCAGUCACUCCAAUUCCUGAGAAGACAAGCUGUUACCAUAUACUUGCUGCUUCAGGAACAAGAACUUCUGCAAGAAAAUCCAGCUUGUAUUAAUCUUACAAUUAUGUAAAAUCACUUUGAUUCACUGCCUUAUGGUAGUACAUACAGAGGGUUUUUUAAUGUGUACAAACAUAAAACGAGGUUUUGAAAAUAAGUAUUAGUGGAGCUUUCUUGGUUCUGUUGUCUGAAAUACACACAUAACCAAGUUGCAAAUGCUGCUUUCUGUUAGUGUGUUGCAGGAUUUUUGAAAUAAUGUGUUUACAAACUCCAAUUUUUUUCUUUUCUAUUGUAAGGGAAAAAAAUUCUAAAGCAAGCUGUUUAGUGUUAUCUAUGACUGAACACUUCCAAACAUAGCAGAUCCCUAAUAUUUAUUAAUCUAAAUAGUCAAAUUAACAUUUGAUAAUAUCCUUGAAUUAUGCACAUUUGAAUCUGAGACAUCAGUAUUAAUCGCAUUGGCAUCCUGGCUUUCCUCCAAGAAAAUGAAGGCAGUGUGUAAAAGAGUAACCAGGGAAAAGUAAUCCUUUUACUAAGGGGAAGAAUAGCAUUUGGUUGAACAAGUAUAAACCAGACUUGCUUUCUGGGAAACGGUUUCGCAUAAGUGUUCUGAAACAGUCGUGCAACAUAGUACUAAAGUCAUAAUUAUGUCAGCUGUUGUAUUUGGUAGUAAUUGUAUCUAUAUUGUUACAUUAGUUUUUGUACAUUGCAGUUUUUUAAAAUCAAGAAAAAUUACAAGGAGAUUUCAGUCAGAUUUAUUUGUGCCUUGUCUUGAAAGAAAUAUUUUUUCAUUAAACACAACUGAUGGAAAGCCUUCUGUAACCAUAAGUGAAAUGAAGAGAUAAUAAAGAAUAAGUUUUACAAUGUGGAAAUACAAAAACAUUUUUGUAAUAAUUGCUUUGGUGUGUUCAUAAUUUGACUAAUCAUUAAUAUUUCCUCCACCGUACCACUACUUAAUGUUCAAUAUAAAACAUCUAUUUCAA